AUGACGUCCCCCCUAACCCGAGCCCUCUCCCGCCUCCGGUCACCAACCUACCCAAACACAGGCUCCGUCGCCCGUGACCACCUAGCCUCGGAGCGGACCUUUUUAGCCUGGAUCCGGACGGGGCUGGGCUUCGUGGCCCUCGGCAUCGCCAUCGAGCGCUUCUCUCAGCUUGACCUGUCUCAGCUACUUCACCCCCAAUCGUCACCGACAGCGACGGCAACGGCAACAGCUUCGUCGUCCCAGCACCAACGAGCCCAAGGCCAGCAGGACAGAGACCAGACCAGAGCCCUGGUGGGCCCGCUGCUCGGCCUCGGCUCCGGUAGCAUCGUCUACGGUGCCGCCCGCUACUUUUCCAACCUCACCAUGCUGGAGCGUGGAUUGUUCAGGCCGGCCUACUACGGCGUCGCGGUCCUUGCCGCCGGCGUGGCGGGAUUGUCAGGGGGACUUUAUGGAAGCGUGGUGAGGAUGGGAAGGAGGAGUCGGGAGGAGGCGGAGUAA